AUGUGGAUCAACUUCUUCAAACUACGGCUGUUCUGCUGUCUGCUUGCAGUGUUGAUGGUGGUGGUGCUGGUCGUCAAUGUUACUCAGGUAGAGUACUUGGACCAUGAGACCGCUUCAGCCACAUUCAUAGACAGUGGUGGACAGUUUGUUUCUUCCCAGGUGAUAAGAAUCAGCCGGAAUCCUUACUGCGGCUAUGAGCGCCAGAUUCUGUCCAGCCGGGAGCGCCUGGAGGAGGACUCCUUGUUGGCUGCCCUGCAGUGGCAGGAGCCUGACGUGGGCCCAGUCCCCUUUUUGAAGAGCACCGAUCCUUCUUCCAGCUAUUUUGUCAUCUUGAACUCUGCAGCCUUCUUCAGGGUGGGAAGCCAGCUAGAGGUGCUGGUUCAUGUGCAGGACUUUCAGAGAAAGCCCAAGAAAUAUGGCGGAGACUACCUGCAGGCCAGAAUCCACUCCCCUAAGCUGCAGGCGGGGGCCGUGGGCAGAGUGGUGGACUACCAGAAUGGAUUUUACAAGGUCUUUUUUACUCUGCUCUGGCCAGGUCAAGUUAAAGUGUCCAUAUCUCUGGUCCACCCCAGUGAAGGGAUCCGAGUUCUUCAGUACCUGCAGGAAAAGAAACCAGAUAGGGUCUAUUUCAAGAGCCUCUUCCGGUCAGGGAGGAUUUCUGAAACUACAGAGUGUAACGUGUGUCUUCCAGGGAGUCUUCCCCUGUGCAACUUCACAGACCUCUACACUGGAGAACCCUGGUUCUGCUUCAAACCAAAGAAGCUCCCUUGCAGUAGCAGAAUUAACCAUUUCAAAGGUGGAUACGUGAAGGGCCUCCUAACUGCUACAGAGAACGCUUUCUUCCAGAGUGGUGUCAAUAUCAAAAUGCCAAUCAACUCCAGUGGACCUGAUUGGGUGACUGUGAUUCCCAGGAAUAUAAAAGAAACCAACAGCCUAGAACUAUCUCAAGGCUUAGGAACUUUUCCUUCUGGUUAUUAUUACAAAGAUCAGUGGAGGCCCAGGAGGUUUAAGAUGCGCCAGUUUAAUGACCCUGACAACAUUACAGAAUGCUUACAGAGAAAAGUGGUGUAUUUCUUUGGUGACUCAACAAUCAGGCAGUGGUUUGAAUACCUCACUACAUUUGUUCCAGAUUUAGUGGAGUUUAACUUGGGUAGCCCCAAGAAUGUGGGUCCAUUCCUGGCAGUGGACCAGAAGCACAACAUCCUUCUCAAAUACCGCUGCCAUGGUCCACCCAUCCGCUUCACAACCGUCUUUAGCAGUGACCUCCGUUAUGUGGCCAAUGAGCUGAAUGGCAUCGUGGGAGGGAAGAACACAGUGGUUGCCAUAGCCGUGUGGUCUCAUUUCAGCACCUUCCCCUUGGAAGUGUAUAUCCGGCGGCUCAGGAACAUCCGUCGGGCUGUGGUCCAGCUCCUGGACCGCAGCCCUAAGACUGUGGUAGUCAUCCGGACAGCCAACGUCCAGGAGCUGGGACCUGAGAUUAGCCUUUUCAACAGCGACUGGUAUAACUUUCAGCUGGACACCAUCCUUCGGAAGAUGUUCUCAGGGGUUGGAGUAUAUCUUGUUGAUGCCUGGGAGAUGACCCUGGCCCAUUAUCUACCCCACAAGUUACAUCCAGAUGAAGUUAUUGUGAAGAACCAAGUGGACAUGUUCUUGUCCUUUGUGUGCCCCUUGGAGACCUAG